AUGAGUGACGAGGAAGGGGAGGAGAAGAAGGGCAAAGGAGACUCUGAUGAGAAGAAGGCCGAGUUGAGGCCCGAAACGGCAUUCAUAACUAACGAUGGCGACACCGGAGUAGAGGAUGGGAGAACGCCCACACCCACCAUUCCAAGCACCACUGCAACGCCUGAUGCGGAAGCUGUUGAGCAGGAGCCCAAAGAGAUAGCCGCAGCACAGAGUGAAACCAAAGCAGUUAAUGAUGAUGAAAGCCAACCCCUGGUAAAGGAUACAGCAGUCCAGAAAGAGGAUAAAAGCCAACCCCAGGUAAAGGAUGCAGAAGUCCAGAAGGAGAAUGAAAGCCAACCCCAGAUAAAGGAUGCCGCCAAGAAAGACGAUGAAAGCAAACCCCAAGCAAAAGAUGAAGAAGCCAUGAAGGACAAAAGCGAACCCCAUCAGGACUUUGCCGCCUACGCUGAGCAUGUGACCUAUGCUGAGAAUGGCGAUGCCAUCUACACGGACCCCAGCAGCAAGCAGGAGUACAAAUGGUGCAACAUUAAAAACAGCUGGCUGCCGAUGAGUGGCAAUGGGGAGGAUCCGUACGAGAACGAGUUCUACAAGUGGUGCGAUGAGACAAGCCAGUGGCUGCCCAAGACGCAGACGGAGACGGAGCACUACAGGUGGGAUGAGGAGCAGCACACGUGGGUGCUCAAGCAGCAGCCGGGUCAAGAUGCCGUCUACAAGCUGGAUGAAAAGGGCGAACGCACCUACACGGAUAAAGAUGGGACUGUCUACUUGUGGGAUGCUGAGAAGUCGGCCUGGUUUCCGAAGAUCGAUGACGAUUUCAUGGCGCAGUACCAAAUGAACUACGGCUUCAUUGACAACACGAGUGCCGGGGAGAAGGAAAAGGCCGACAAAGAGAUAGCCGAGGCGAAGCGCAAAGAGGAGGAACUCAAGCGAAUGACGGCCGAGGCAGAGGCGGCCAUGGCCAGAGACGAAUCUGGUGUAGGACCUGCAGCAUCCUUGGGCAAGCGAAAGGCCCCAGAGCCACCAAAAUGGUUCGAGAUGGAUCCCUCGCAGAACACCAAGGUUUAUGUGGACAAUCUCCCGCUGGACAUCACCAAGGAGGAGUUCGCGGAGCUGAUGGGCAAGUGCGGCAUGGUCAUGCGGGACCCGAAGACGCAGCAGCCCAAACUGAAGCUCUACACGGAGGCGGAUGGUCAAUUCAAGGGCGAUGGCCUCUGCGACUACAUUAAGAUUUAA